AACAGAAGUAGAAUUUUUAAUCGGGGACAGUCGAUCUGUCAAAGAAUGUACUGCAAUGAACGCUUGAAUGGAGAAGAAUGUGUACAAUCUUGAACCGAACGCAACAGUUUUAUGCACUGCUGGCUACAAAACAGCAAGAAAUAUUCAAGACGUUUAAUAUUUCUUGCUAUUUACAAAAAAAAACAUGCUUGUGAACGUUUGAAAAGUAUUCGUUGUAUUGCAGUCACUAUAUAUCAAAGGGAUUUGGGUUCUUGAAAUUUAUAAGUGGUGACGAUGUGGACGAUUUUGCUCCUCACGCUCUUCACAUGGUCUUCGUCAUGGGGUCAGGUGAUCAACCGAGCGCCGCAUUUCGUGCAAGGUGGCGACAUGGCCAGGUUGGCCGUGUCAGAAGGCACACCGCCGGGUGCACCUGUAUACAAGCUUCAAGGAGAGGACCCUGAGGGUUCGAGAUUGCACUACUCCAUCAGCGGCGAGUAUUUCACCGUGAAUCGGGACAGCGGCGUCGUCGUUCUGAGAAAGCCGCUAGACAGGGAGACGCAAGACCUGAUCGAAGUCAUCAUCAGCAUAACGGACGAAGGGAUCGCUGGAUCGGAGCCCAACACGGUGUCCCUUCGUCGCGAGAUCGCUGUGCUGGACGAGAACGAUAAUCCACCGGUCUAUCAUGGCAGACCUUAUGCGGCUAGGGUGCCGGAAAGUGCACACGUGGGUGGCCUGUUAGUCCCUCCUGGUACGAUCACGAUCACCGAUCGCGACGGUGGCGUAAACGCGGACGUUCACGUGGAAUGUGUCUCUACGUCACGGGACGAUGACGUCUGCGAAGUCUUCAAUAUUUCAACGGAAAAGUUGGCAGAAGGUAAAUACGACGUGCAGAUCACCCUGGCGAAGCCGCUCGACUAUGAGAGACGAAACUCAUACCUGAUCAAUCUUCUGGCGGUGGAUGGUGCCAGCGACGUGACUAAGGUGUUACAGGCUAGAGCAACCGUGGCCGUCGACGUUCUCGAUGUCCAGGAUCAGCCACCCGUGUUCCUGAACGCGCCGUACAGCGCAGCGUUACCGGAGAACACGCCGGCUAGUCACACGAUCCUGACAGUGAGAGCGCGGGACGGUGACACAGGUGAACCGAGAGCCUUGUUGCUAACGUUGGAAGAGGAUGACGCAGGACACUUCGAUCUCGAGGUCUCGCGCGAGGGCGACGUGACUGUUGGCAAGCUUGUUACUACCAAUGUUUCCUUGGACAGAGAGGAUUCCAAGAUCCUGCAGAACGGAGGGAUUUACACGUUCGAAGUGAAGGCAACGGAGCUUAUCAAUAAUGAGAUACCGGCGGAUACAGCGAGCUCCAUUGUUACCAUUGUCGUCACAGAUGUUGAUGACCUCGUGCCAGUGUUUAAUGAGAAGCACUUUGACAUACAGAUUUCGGAAGAUAUUGGAAGGGACACACCGUUGCCAGGUCUUAAUAUGAUCGUAAGUGAUGGCGACGUUGGUGAUAAUGCAAAGUAUACGCUAUCUCUAAGGGAUGUACCAGAAUAUCCCGGAAAGAGCGCUGCCUUUACUGUCAGUCCAGAGGAAGCUCAGGGUAGAGUGCCAGUCGUGAUCAAAGCUAAGGAUGUUGAAAUGUUGGACUACGAUGUGGAGGAUCCAACGAAAAGACAGCUGCAGUUCGAAGUUGUUGCACUCGUUGCAAAUGAAGUGGUAGCUACAACUAAAGUUCACAUACAUCUACUAGACGCCAAUGAUCACAGUCCAGAAUUCUCUCAAUCGGAAUAUAAACUUUCCGUUCCCGAGAAUGCCGAAAUAGGGACCAAAUUCGGCGAUGUUUUCGCUAAGGACUAUGACAGCGGUUCCUUCGGCGAAUUGACGUACACAUUACGCGGCUUUGGUGCUGACAAGUUCAAGACAGACCCAAAAACUGGAGGAAUUUCCGUCGCCACGAUGUUGGAUUACGAAACACAGAAAUCGUACUCUUUGACGAUGGAAGCUAAAGAUGGCGGCGGUAGAGUUUCCGCUGUUAAUAUUCUAAUAGAGUUAGAGGAUGUCAAUGAUAAUAAACCGGUCUUCGAGCAAACUGAAUUCUCGAGGACAGUGCGAGAAGAUGCAACUAGUUUCGAUCCGCAGAUGUUUGUCAGAGCCACAGACGUCGAUGGCUCCACUCAGGGUAAUGGGAAAGUCACGUACUCCAUUAGUUCGCAUAACAGUAUGACGAACGAUGUCUUCAAGAUAAAUCCUGAUUCCGGGGAGGUGACAAUGUCAAAGCCAGUUCGAUCGGGAGAUACAGAAAGAGGAAUCUACGAGUUAGUGAUUCGAGCUACAGACGCAGGAACUCCGCCAUUGUACUCUGAAGCGAAACUCCUCGUUAGGGUUGGAGUACCUGGAAAUCAGAAACCAAUAUUUCGUGGAAAUUACAAAUCGAAUUUACCGGGACCUAACACUUAUCGAGCAAGAUUGUUGGAGAACGCUUCUCCAGGAACGGAAGUAAUUAGGGUAGUAGCAAACGAUCCCGAUGGAAGGGACAACUUAUUACAGUAUCACAUUGCUUCUGGUGCUAAAGACAAUUUCGCCAUAGAUUCUAGCUCUGGUGUCAUUACUGUGUCUCCAGAUGCACGUCUAGAUUUAGAAACUGGUGGUGAAAAGUAUGAAGUGAUAGUGUAUGCCAUAGACUCUGGCACACCUGUCAGAGAGACAGCAACAACUACUGUAACUGUAAAUAUGAUUGAUGUGAAUAACAAGCCACCGAUGUUCAAUGAAUCUACUUAUCUCGUUUAUGUGUCAGAAAGAGCAGGAAUUGGUGAACCAGUCUUGAAGGUAGUAGCUACUGAUCCCGAUUCAGAUGCGUAUUUAGAGUAUUCUUUAGUGGAACCGAUAAGAGCUGUUGACAAAACAGGCGUGGCACUGAAAACUACUGCAUCUUACGACUAUAAAUCCGCAUUCCGUAUUAAUUCAACCACUGGAUUAAUAACAGUGAAUCGCGUCUUAGAUUACCAAGUGGCCGCUGUCAUAAUUCUCACAGUCCAAGUGCAGGAUUUGAAUGCUGUCGUUGAUAUAGAGAAACAAAUUACAAAAGUUGAAGUGACUGUUUAUAUUCAAGCCUAUAGCGACGACAAUCCGUCUUUCUUGAAUCCUGGAUGGUCACCGAACAAUCCGACUAUAAAGAUUUCUGUGCCAGAGGAACAACCUCUAGGAACGACUCUCUUAAUGUUGUCGGCAAAAGAACCUACCACUGGGUACUCAGUUCAAAGGUUUGAAUUAGUGAGGGACGAUGAUGAUGAAGGAUACGUUAAUGUCGGUGUACAGAGUGGGAACGUUGUAUUGAGCAAGCGACUAGACUACGAAAAUCUUAAUCAAAAGUUCAUUCGAUUUAAAGUACGAGCACUAGCCAGGGAUUAUGAAAUAACGCGGAAAAUGUCCGAGGCGAAUGUAAUAGUUGAAGUACAAGACACCAACGAUAACAAUCCGAUCUUCACUCAAAAGGAUUACAAAAUUUCAGUACUCGAAUCUGCGAAACCCUUGAAUGUCGUAUUGAACGUUAAAGCGACAGAUAUGGACAGUUCGGCUACUGAGCAGGAAGUCAAAAGAGGAUAUGGCGAAGUGAGAUAUUCUCUGACCGGUGAAAACGCUAAUAUGUUCGAAGUGGAAUCGAUAAGCGGAAAUAUUCAGAUUUCUGCGAAUACAACGCUAGACAGAGAAAAACAGUCGGUGCUACGAUUCUAUGUGGUCGCUUCAGACAUGCCUCAAGGAGGAGCAGAGCAAAGAAGCACUAGAGCGUUAGUGACAGUCGAUGUUCUAGAUGUGAAUGACAAUGCUCCAACUUUUGAGCAAGAAUCCUAUACAGCCGUGAUACCAGAGAAUGCUCCGCCACGUGUUAGUGUCGUCAAUAUCACUGCGACCGACCCUGAUGAAGGCAAUGGAGGAGUAGUUAAUUUCGAAAUCAUUGACGAAGGCGAAGCAAACGGCUUAUUCAAAAUAAACCAAACGUCAGGAGAAAUUUAUUCUGCAAAAGCUCUAACUGGGAAAGGAAGAACAGAGCCGUACAUCAUGCGAAUUAGAGCUCAAGAUAGCGGCGUACCGGAGUUGUACACUGACGUAAUUUUAACCUUAUACAUCGGAGACGUAGUUAGCAACGACGGUGUUCCUUUAUUCAUCAGACCAACCUUGGAAGAAGUAGCUCACAUAGCCGAGAAUUCAACGAUUGGCAGUCCAGUGUUCCAAGUGGUAGCUUCGGAUCCGGACGAUCCAAAUCUACCAAAUGGUAAAAUCACGUUCAAGUUUUUAGAAGACGGUAACUUCGGCAAAGACGCGAGUGCGUUCAGAAUAAACAGCGAAACUGGUCUGAUCACCACAAGGAAGCUACUCGACCGAGAGAUGAAGGACAGUUACACUUUGAUAUUGGUAGCUCAGGACCUAGGCAAUCCACCUCAACAAGCAACCAGAGUAUUACAAGUUAUAGUAAACGAUAUAGAUGACCACAAGCCUCACUUCAAGAGAAACUUAGACAGUCCUCCAAUAGAACUGACAAUCCUCGAAGAAAAACCGGUGGGAACGAAAGUCGGUCUGAUCGAAGCGAUCGAUGAAGACAUCGGUGAAAAUGGAAAGAUCGAUUACGCGAUCGUAUAUGGGAACGAAGCUAGCCUCUUCGUCGUGGAACGUCUUAAGAAUAACUCAGCAGUGAUCAAGUCUAAUGGUCGACUAGAUCGAGAGUCAGUGGACCGUCAUUUGUUGACAAUUAAAUGCUUCCCGUAUUCGACAAAGAGGUCUGACAUUAUCCCCAAACCUUACAAUCGGCAGGAUCCCUCGGAGAGGCAGGUUCUGAUCAGAAUCCUCGACAUAGACGACAACAAACCCUCGUUCAAGAAGGAGAACGUCACUUUGGGUGUCCGAUUAAAUGUUCCAAUUGAUACUAGUCUGAUCACGUUAGAAGCUUUCGAUGCAGACUCCGAUGCUCUGCCAAUUAAGUACAGUAUGGGGAAAGCCUCCUUUACUUCUCUCGUUGAUCCUUCUAUGUCUAAGCGAGAGAUUCCUUCGCAGUUGUCUUUGAACCCUCAAACAGGGGAGUUGAGGACAACAGGCUCGAUGUCGAAUUAUGCUGACGGUUACAUGGAGAUUAUAGUCACUGCUAACAAUUCUGUAACACUCGGUAGAGAAACGAAUAGUACCUUGAGGAUCUUUUUACUUCGUGACAGGGAUAUGUUGAAGUUUGUCUUCUCUAAACCACCUGUAGAGGUGAGGAAGACACUGGAGGACUUCGAGAAAGCUGUUCAACAGGCCCUGUCGCUACCAAUUAGCGUCAACGUUUACGAUACUCAAUUUUAUUCGAAGGAGGACAAUUCGUUGGACUUUUCUUCCACUAGCUCCUGCUUCCAGAUGGUAGGGAAGGAAGCGUACGAUUUGGACGAGAUGAAAGCGCUUCUCACGGAUCCAAGGAACGAGGAGCUAAAGAAGGUUUACAGGGCUUAUCAUGUGGAGAAGGUGCAACACUGCGCUGCCUUGGUGGCUCGUGCUGACGCCUCCAUGACGCAGAUGUGGGUGCUGGCGAUCGCUGUUUUCGUUGGCGUUGCUACCAUCAUUUCGAGCUGUGCUCUUUGCUGCAUGCAUGCCAAAUACAAACGUCAAGUGAAACACGCACGUUUACGUGAACAGCCACGGCCGCCAUUGAGCUACGUAUCUUCCGGUCCAGGAAUGGUCAGCGCUACGUCCCACACCACACUUGGGCCGGGAACAAUGGUUUCUUUGGGACCUCACGAAAGUCCUUACGAAUGGGGUGCAGACACGACGCUAUACCACCCUAGCACACUCGGAUCGAGAACAUAGAACAAGAAGCUUACCUCAGUUUGGAUAAUUUAGAGAACUGUGAAAAUAUUUUCCGUGAUUUCGACUGUAUUUCGUUGCUUCGUAUGGAGUAAUUAAUUAUUCUUGAAGAACAGAUCGUUCAGAAAUGAGAUUUUUACAAACGGUGCAUUAGUUGAAUAUUAUUGACGAAAUAUUGAGACUCUUUGAUCUCACGAACCGGUCACAAUAGAGAAUUAGCCCUCUGGGAGUGCUUCUCGGAGAAGCAAAGGUAGCAGAAAUCAAAAAGAAAGUACAACGAUAAUUUAACGCAAUAAUUCUUUCGGGAUUGUCCAACUAACGAUAUAGCGUAAACUAUUAAGGUUUUAAUCAUGUUUGAUAUUGACAGUAACAUUUUGAAAGUUUCUUUGCAGAAAUUUGAUGUGUGACACGUCGUACAAUGCCAUUGAAACCGGUGAGAUUUAUUGUUAGGUGAAAGGGAGAUUCGUAAUGUGACGUUUGAAUUAAGCUAUUAAUUGUGCUUUUGAGUCAGCGAAGACGGGAGAGAUCGUAGAAACGUCGUCAGUGAAUUGUAUUAUAUGUAGGUGUUUGAGACGAGGAUUCCGUAGUUUCGUGCAAGGAAGCCACGAGACCGCGAAGUCGACGAAUGGUGCUAUAAUAUAAGAUUGAAAAGUUCGUGCCAAAAUACGGCGACACGUGUAACAUGUGACGGCAUUUCUUAGCUUAAGCGGACCCAAUUCGCGUGAAUUUGUAUAUUUCUUGGUCGUACGCGAAUUUUACUCAUCACGAUCGCGAUAAUUAUUAUUAAAAUGCGCGCGUUUUAUUGUAAUGUAUAUACAUAUAUAUAGUAUUUAAGAGCGAAA